AUGGGGAGCGGAGGCGUGAUCCACUGUAGGUGUGCCAAGUGUUUCUGUUAUCCUACAAAGCGGAGAAUAAGAAGGAGACCCCAAAACCUAACGAUCUUGAGUCUCCCUGAAGAUGUGCUCUUUCAUAUCCUGAAAUGGCUUUCUGUUGGAGACAUCCUCGCUGUCCGAGCUGUGCACUCCCACCUGAAGUACCUGGUGGAUAACCAUGCCAGCGUGUGGGCAUGUGCCAGCUUCCAGGAGCUGUGGCCUUCUCCAAAGAACCUGAAGCUCUUUGAAAGGGCUGCCGAAAAAGGGAAUUUUGAAGCUGCUGUGAAGCUGGGCAUAGCCUACCUCUACAAUGAAGGCCUGUCUGUGUCUGAUGAGGCCCGGGCAGAAGUGAACGGGCUGAAGGCCUCUCGCUUCUUCAGUCUCACGGAGCGCCUGAAUGUGGGCGCCGCACCCUUCAUCUGGCUCUUCAUCCGCCCACCUUGGUCGGUGUCCGGAAGCUGCUGCAAGGCCGUGGUUCACGAGAGCCUCAGGAUGGAGUGCCAGCUGCAGAAAACUCACAGAGCGUCCAUACUGCACUGUUUGGGGAGAGUGCUGAGUCUUUUUGAGGAUGAAGAGAAACAGAAGCAGGCCCGGGACCUGUUUGAAGAGUCUGCUAAUCAGGGGUGUUUGACCAGCUCGUACCUCCUCUGGGAAAGUGACAGAAAGAUGGAUAUGUCAGAUCCCGGACGAUGCCUCCACAGCUUCCGGAAACUCAGGGACUUUGCUGCCAAAGGCUGCUGGGAAGCACAGCUGUCUCUAGCCAAAGCCUGUGCACACGGAAACCAGCUCGGACUGGAAGCGAAAGCCUCCAACGAGAUAGUCUGCCAGCUGUUCCAGGCCUCCCACGCUGUCAGUAAGCAGAGGGUCUUCUCUGUGCAGAAGGGACUCAAUGACACAAUGAGGUACAUUCUCAUCGAUUGGCUGGUAGAGGUCGCGACCAUGAAGGACUUCUCGAGCCUGUGCCUUCACCUGACCGUGGAGUGCGUGGACCGGUACCUGCGGAGGCGAUUGGUGCCCCGGUACAGGCUCCAGCUGCUGGGCAUCGCCUGCAUGGUCAUGUGCACCCGGUUCAUGAGCAAAGAGAUCCUGACGAUCCGGGAGGCUGUGUGGCUCACAGACAACACGUACAAAUACGAGGACCUGGUGAGGAUGAUGGGAGAGAUCAUCUCUGCCUUGGAAGGGAAGAUUCGAGUCCCCACUGUGGUCGAUUACAAGGACGUCCUGCUGACGCUGGUCCCCAUGGCGCCAAGAACCCAGCACCUGUGCAGCUUCCUCUGUGAGCUCUCCCUGCUGCACACCAGCCUGGCCACCUAUGCCCCGGCCCACCUGGCUGCAGCCGCCCUGCUCCUGGCGAGGCUGACACAUGGGCAGACACAGCCCUGGACCACUCGGUUAUGGGACCUCACUGGGUUCUCCUGUGAAGACCUCAUCCCCUGUGUCUUAAGCCUUCAUCAAAAGUGCUUCCAUGACGAUGCCCCCAAGGACUACAGGCAGGUCUCUCUCACCGCCGUGAAGCAGCGAUUCGAGGACAAGCGAUACGAAGAGAUCAGCCAGGAAGAGGUGCUGAGCUACGGCCAGUUGUGUGCAACUCUAGGGGUGAAACAAGAGAGCCCAGAACCCGCAUCUUUCCUCAGCACAGGGGACAUUCACACCUUCCUCAGCUCUCCCUCUGGAAGGAGAACCAAGCGGAAACGGGAGAACAGCCUCCAGGAGGACAGGGGCAGCUUCGUCACCACGCCGACCGCAGAGCUGUCCAGCCAGGAGGAGACACUGCUGGGCAGCUUCCUGGACUGGAGCCUGGACUACUGCUCCGGCUACGAGGGCGACCAAGAGAGCGAGGGCGAGAAGGAGGGCGAUGUGACAGCUCCCAGCGGUGUCCUCGAUGUCACUGUGGUCUACCUGAACCCGGAACAGCACUGCUGCCAGGAAUCAAGCGAUGAGGAGGCCAGCCCGGAGGAGGGGCGUCAGGACACACAGGCGUCAGCACCAGGCAGCCAGACGCCUUGGACCCCAGGGCUCGAGCGCCCUCUGUGCAGCAGGAGGGGGCCAGGCAAGGACAUAACGACCUCAGGGUACUCCUCUGUCAGCAGCACGAGUCCCACAAACUCCACAGAUGGCUUGGGGGGCCUUGCCCGAUCUACCUCAGUACUGUCCCCGGGCAGCGACUUGAACACACAGCCUUGCCACCAUCACGCGAGGAAGUCGUGUGUACAGUGUCGUCCCCCAAGCCCCCCGGAGAGCUGUGCUCCCCAGCAACAGGUGAAGAGGAAAAACCUGUCCGCCCACAAUGAGGAGGAGGAGGACAUGAACUUGGGCUUUUUGAAGCUGUGA